GAGGAGGAGUGCAAAGUUUGGAUGAAGUUGUGUCCUGGUGGCCGCGCACAGUCGCAGAAAGCUGACCCGGGACAAACAUGGCGCGGCUCCGGCUCUUGCUCCUCGCGGCGUUGCUAUGGCAAUGCGGCUGCGCGCAACAGAGAGGAUUGUUCCCAGCAGUAUUGAACCUGGCUUCAAUGGCGGAUAUAACAACCAAUGCAACAUGUGGUCAAUCAGAACCUGAGAUGUUCUGUAAGCUCGUUGAACAUGUGCCAGGUCAACCUGUGAGAAACCCUCAAUGUCGAAUCUGCAACCUGAACAGUGUGAAACCAUUUGAGCGCCACCCCAUAGAAUACGCCAUCGACGGGACCAACCGGUGGUGGCAAAGUCCUUCCAUCAAGAAUGGAAUGGAGUACCACUAUGUGACAAUAACAUUGGACUUGAAACAGGUUUUCCAGAUAGCCUAUGUGAUCAUUAAGGCCGCCAACUCGCCUCGCCCGGGUAACUGGAUCUUGGAGCGUUCAAUAGACGGGACGACCUUUGAACCCUGGCAGUACUACGCCAUGACAGACACCGAGUGCCUAACCCGCUUCAACAUCAACCCAAACACAGGACCUCCAUCGUACACGAGGGAUGACGAAGUGAUCUGCACAUCCUUCUAUUCCAAGAUUCAACCCCUGGAGAAUGGAGAGAUCCACGCUUCUCUAAUCAAUGGCCGUCCCAGUGCAGAUGACCCGUCCCCGACCUUGCUGAACUUUACCUCCGCCCGCUACAUCAGGUUGGUGUUCCAGAGGAUCAGGACGCUCAACGCCGACCUCAUGACCCUGACCCUGCGAGACCCCAGGGAUGUCGAUCCUAUUGUCACCAGACGGUACUACUAUUCCAUUAAGGAUAUUUCAGUCGGAGGGAUGUGUAUAUGUUACGGUCACGCAAAGGCCUGCCCCCUCAACACCGCUACCAAGAAGUUUAGCUGUGAAUGCGAACACAACACAUGCGGAGAGAGCUGCGAUCGCUGUUGCCCUGGUUACCACCAGCAACCCUGGAUGGCCGGGACCUUCCUCACGCGACAUGUUUGUGAGAAGUGCAACUGCCAUGGGAAGGCUGAAGAAUGCCACUUUAAUCAGACUGUAGCGGACCUAUCCCUCAGCCUGGACGUCCACAGCCAAUACCGAGGAGGCGGGGUGUGUAUUUCCUGCCGUGACAACACAGGAGGUAUCAACUGUCAGAGCUGUGUGGCCGGCUACUACCGACCUGAAGGAGUGAGCGCUGAAGACGAAAACCCCUGCGUGCCCUGCUCAUGUGACUCCCACGGUUCUCUUGGGCAAACGUGUGUUGAGGACUCCAGCCAGGCAACGCCCACCCAGCCACCAGGGUCAUGCCGGUGCAGGGAAAGGUUUGGGGGUCCACGAUGUGACAGGUGUGCUGUUGGUUAUAUAGGCUACCCAGACUGUCAGCGCUGUAACUGCAGCCUGGAGGGAAGCAGCAACGCUGACCCGUGUACCUCCCCCUGCGUGUGCAAGGAGAAUGUGGAGGGGGUGAACUGUGACCGCUGCAAAGCGGGCUUCUACAAUCUCCAACGCCACAAUCCUCGCGGCUGUGAGCAAUGUUCCUGCAUGGGCGUCGCAAGCCAGUGCUCUGCCUCCACGUGGGUUUAUCAGAAUGAGAGCAUUCUGACUGGCUGGCACCUGAGUGGGGAUUCAGGACGGGGGGCGUGGCCUAACCACAUUCAGACGCCUCUCCAUCUACGUGUCCAGCAUGCAGAUGUCGUAGACAUCCUUGGCUCUGCCUACUACUGGAGCGCACCUGAAGUAUACCUGGGAAACAAGCUGUCUGCCUAUGGAGGGAGCGUGGUCUACACUGUGUCUUACAGUACAGAUCAGCAGGAACAGAUGGCUAUCCGAGUCACCUCAGAACCCGAUCUUAUCAUUGAGGGAGGCGGGAUGAAGAUUAUGGACAGACGGUACGGCCAGCCUGUGUACCCGUCUUCACCGAGCACCAAUCGCAUUUCUCUCCUUCCUGAGAACUUCCUGGUUUCUGAGACUGUUCAGCCAAUCAGUCGUAGGGACUUCUUGGCUGUGUUAGCAAACAUAACCAGUCUGACAAUCAGGGCCUCUUACAGUACAGAGCCUAGUGCUGUGUACAGACUCCACUCGUUCUCGAUGCAGGUGGGCCAUCCUUUUGCCAGAGGAGAGAGGAUAGCGUCAGCUGUCGAGAUCUGCUCUUGUCCUCCAGGAUAUGCUGGGACCUCCUGCGAGGCUUGUGUUGCUGGAUUUCGUAGAGUGGAUGGACUCCUGUACAACGGUGUGUGUGAAGUGUGUCGUUGUCACGGACAUGCUACACAAUGCCACCACAUCACUGGCCACUGCCUGGACUGCUCCCACCACACCAUAGGCCCCCACUGUGACACCUGCCUACCUGGUUACUACGGUAACGCCACCCGGGGGUCAGUUACAGAUUGUCAGGUCUGCGCUUGCCCACUGAGUCUGCCUAGUAACAAUUUCAGUCCAACCUGCCACCUGAGCGAGGAAGGCGAGAUGCUGUGUGACCGCUGUGAGCCCGGACACACAGGAGCACGAUGUGACAGGUGUGCCAACGGGUAUUACGGCCAACCCACCGUCCCGGGGAGCUCCUGCCAGCCCUGUGAUUGCCAUGGUAACCUGGACCUGACUACACCUGGCAGCUGUGAUCCAAUCACAGGCCAGUGUCUGCACUGUCGCCAAGGGUACGGCGGCGUGACAUGCGACAGUUGCGACGAAGGUUACUUUGGCGACGCCAUCACGGCGAGGAACUGCCGCUCCUGUCAGUGCCACAUUAAUGGCUCUGUCUCACAAGUCUGCAACAAGGAGAGCGGCCAGUGCCCGUGCAAAGUAAACGUGGUUGGACGGCAGUGUGACGACUGCAUGCCUAAUUGGUGGUGGGAUGCCGAGCGCCAGGAGUGCACGGCCUGUCGCUGUAGCCAUUUUGGCUCCGUCUCUCAACGCUGCGACGCCGAGGGCCGCUGCCUCUGUCGCCCGGGCUUUGCGGGCCGCCGCUGUGACUUGCGUCAGCGGGGUUACGAGAGACGGGAGACGCGGCGCCCAGUGGAACGCAUCCCUGUGGAGACAGUGCAGCAAAGAUGGGGCGGGCCCUCUCGCACAGGCGGUUGUCCUAGGGGUGCUUACAAACCGGGGCCUCAGACAUACGGCAUCGCCACAGGUGGACACUGCGUGCCGUGUCACUGUAACUCCUUCGGCUCCAAGUCGUUUGACUGCGACGAAAACGGUCAGUGUCGGUGCCAGCCGGGUGUCAGCGGACCUAAAUGUGAUCGCUGCUCGCGAGGGUUCUUCAACUUCCAAGAAGGAGGCUGCACACCGUGUCUCUGCAGCCAUGUGGGGAAUAACUGUGACGGCAACACAGGACAGUGCAUCUGUCCUCCAAACACGGUGGGCGAGAGGUGCGACCGCUGCGCUCCCAACCACUGGGGCCACGACAUCAUGACUGGAUGCAAGGAGUGUGGCUGCAACGUGGUUGGCUCACUGAGCCAGCAGUGCAACAUCAACACAGGCUGCUGUCUCUGCCGGGACUCCUUCCGAGGAGAGAAAUGUAACGAGUGUAAGCUGGGCUACAGAGAUUUUCCUCAGUGCACCGCGUGCACAUGUAACGUCUUUGGGUCAGACAGCGUGACAUGUGACCUGGAAAGAGGAGUUUGUGCCUGCGCAGAUCGCACUGGGAAGUGUAGCUGCAAGGAAAACGUAAUUGGAGACUACUGUGACCGCUGCAGGCAUGACACAUUCGGGUUGUCGGUGAGAAACCCACAGGGUUGCAGUAAAUGUUACUGUUACGGCCUGACACACUCCUGCAGUGAAGCACAGGGACUCAUCAGGAUGUGGUUAACGCUGAGGCCCGAGCAGACUGUGCUGCCCCUGGUGGAUAAAUCGAACAUUGUUGAGACCAGCACAGGCGUGACCUUCCAGCACCCUGAGAUCCUCGCACAUUCUGAGCUGGUCACCAGCGUUCUUUCCGAGCCUUAUUAUUGGAAACUCCCGCAGCAGUUCAGAGGCUCCAUGAUCACAGCAUACGGGGGAAAGUUGAAGUACGCCGUCUACUACGAGGCCAGAGAUGAAACCGGUGUCUUGUCGUACGAGCCUCAGAUCAUCGUUAAGGGCGGUCCUAACCACAACAUUGUGAUGACACGCCAUGUAGCGGGACUCCUGAUUGGUCAGCUCACACGCCAUGAGAUUGACAUGACAGAGCACGAAUGGAAGCAUGCAGAUGGACGCUCCAUGACCCGCCAGGACUUCAUGGACGUUUUGUUCUACGUGGACUACAUCCUCAUUAAGGCGUCGCAUGGCAAUCAAAUGAGACACAGCCGGAUUUCUGAGAUCAGUCUCACUGUGGCAGAAGAAGGUGUGCCCACCAAGGAGAGUGAGAAAGCUUAUGAAAUAGAAAAGUGUGAAUGUCCAAGUGGAUAUUCUGGCCUGUCCUGUGAGGAGUGUGCGGCAGGAUUCUACCGUCUCCGCAGUGGCACUCAUGCCUCCGCUCCGGCCUCCAGAGUUCCCACUGCUGUAGGCAUGGGCAGCUGUGUUCAGUGCCAGUGCAGCGGCCACUCGACCACCUGUGACCCUGACACGUCCAUAUGCCAGAACUGCCAAGACAACACAGAGGGUGAUCGGUGCGAGCGUUGUGCUCCAGGAUUCUACGGUGUGGUCCGAGGAUCCCCUGAUGACUGCAAACCUUGCGCCUGCCCCCUCACCUACCCUGGAAACAAUUUUAGUCCAUUGUGCGUGACGGAGGGCUUUGACGACUACAGAUGCACGGCCUGUCCUGAGGGAUACGAGGGCAAAUACUGUGACAGGUGUUCCACUGGUUACCAUGGUAACCCUCGAAUGCCCGGCGGUCGAUGCGAGGAGUGUAAGUGUUCCUCGUGGGGGGCGUUGCCUGGACCAUGUGACCCUGUCACUGGCCAAUGCCAGUGCACGGUCGGGGCGUCUGGGAGGUCAUGUGACCAGUGCAUGGAGAGGCAUGUGUGUGGACCAUCUGGCAUCAUCUCGUGUGACGACGAGUGCUCAGGCCUGUUGAUCAGCGACAUGGACCGCCUGUAUCGCAUCAUCUCUGACGUCACCCUGACCACACCCCUGCCGCCACCUUACAGGAUGCUGUACCGCUUUGAGAACAUGACCGAAGAACUCAAGCACAUGCUGUCGCCUCAGAAAGCUCCAGAGAGAUUACUGCAGCUGGCUGACUCCAACCUGGGAUCCCUGGUUGUGGAGAUGGACCAACUACACAGCAGGGCCACUAAGGUGUCGGCUGACGGAGAACAAGUGGAAGACGAUGCCGACAGAAUUCAGAAGCGAGCCGAGGACCUGGAGAAGUUCAUCAGGGACACGCUGCUGGGAUCUCAAGUCCUCCGGUCCAAGGCUGACGAGUUAAACCGGAUGUUGGCCCGCAAGGACGGAACGCCAGACAAAAGCGUGACGCAGAUAAAGGAGGAGAUUCAGGCCAUGCUGGUCGAGAUGAGGAGGCGGCAGCUUGGAGGGAAGAAGAGCAUUGCUGUCGAGGAGAUGGAUCUAGCUGAGGAGUUAUUCCUAAAAGUGAAGAGGAUGUUCGGUGAUCCUCAUCAGGCCACAGAAGACCUAAAAGCAGAGAUAAAAGGGAAGCUGUCGGACCAAGAGAGCAAUCUCCAAGAGGCCCAAGAUCUUCUUAUCUCUGCCCGGGGAAAGACCAGGCUGGCUGGCUCGCUGGGUGACCAGAACCGAGCUAACCUCACAAUCUUAGAGAGGAAACAUUCUGCAGUCCUUGGGGUGAAGCAACAAGCGCAAAAGGUCCUGGUCGAAGGAGAAAAUCUUCUGGAUGAAGCCAACCAGCUUUCAGACAACUUGAAUAAGGAGUUAGAGGACACAGAGGAGAUGAGAAGAGACCUCAAUCCUCUCCAUGAGCAGCUGGACGACAAAGUCCGUCACCUCACCGAUGGAUUAGGCAGCGGCAGCCUGGCCGGGCGUGUGCGGGCGGCCGAGGAGCACGCGCAGCAGCUGAAUCAAUCCGCCGCCAUUUUGGACGGAAUUUUGGCUGAAGCGAAGAAUCUGUCCUUCAACGCAACAGCCGCCUUUAAAGCUUACACAAACAUUAAAGCCAACGUUGAUGCAGCGGAGAAAGAGGCCAAGGCGGCCAAACAGACGGCAUCAGAAGCACUGGCAAUGGCUUUAGGCCCAGAGAUUCCAGUGAAGGAGGAGGCUCAAGGUGCCCUCCAGAAGAGUCUGAGACUGCUGAACCAAGCUAAGCAACUUCAUAAUGAUGUCAAAGAUAAUGCCCAGAGUGUUUCCGGGCUGAAGGGCCGAGUCAAAGCUGCAAGAGACCGAACCAAAGACCUGCUAAAAGCCAUUAACGGAACCAUGGCAACACUCACCGCUAUGCCCAAUGACACAGCAGCCAAAUUAGCAGCGACAAAGGCUGUAGCCGCUGACGCUAACGCUACAGCUAUCGAGGUCCUGGAGCGUCUUGCCGCUUUGAACCUUCAGGUGCGUGACAUACAGAAGAACUACAGCCAGUUGGCGGUCACGGUCAGCACCGCCAAUCAGAUGAUCCGAGACCCUGAGAAGAACAUCCACGCUGCAGGAGCUAAAGUGAAGGAUUUAGAGGAUGAAGCUGACAGGCUGUUGGAGAAGCUGCAGCCCAUCAGAAAGCUAGAGGACAAUUUGAGGCGAAACAUCUCCCAAAUCAAGGAGCUCAUCAUUCAAGCCAGGAAACAAGCCAACUCAAUCAAAGUCUCGGUGUCAUCAGGUGGCGACUGUCUCCGUAGUUACCGGCCAGACAUCCGGAAGGGCAGGUACAACACCAUCAUCCUUCACGUCAAAACCACCACGCCCGAUAAUCUGCUCUUCUACCUUGGUUCUGCCAAAUAUGUGGAUUUCUUAGCUUUAGAGAUGCGCAAGGGCAAAGUGUAUUUCCUCUGGGACGUGGGUUCAGGUGUUGGUAGGGUGGAAUAUCCCCAUCUCAUCAUCCAUGAUGGCAACUGGCACAGAAUCGAGGCUUCUCGUAACGGAUUGAAUGGUACCAUAUUAGUGUACCCUCUAGAAGGGCCACAGGCGGCCACGGUGCCAGUCCCAAACAGCGCCAACUCCCCCACUACCUACAGCAUCCUGGACGUGGACCAGAACGCCUACCUGUUUGUUGGCGGAAUCCUUGGCACAAUCAAGAAAGCAGAUGCUGUAAGGACAACAACAUUCACAGGCUGCAUGGGGGAGACCUUCCUGGACGGUAAACCUAUUGGACUUUGGAACUACAGAGAGAGACAAGGAGACUGUAAAGGAUGCGUUAUAAGCCCCCAGACUACAAAUGGCGAGGGCACUGUCCAGCUGGACGGAGAAGGCUAUGCCGCUGUGGGACGACCCACAAGAUGGAACCCCAACGUUUCCAGCGUUACGUUCAAGUUCCGAACAUUCUCCACCGAUGCUCUGCUCAUGUAUCUGGCAACUGAAGACAUGAAGGACUUUAUGUCGUUGGAGUUGAAUGGGGGCAAGGUGAAGGUGAACUUUGACCUAGGAUCGGGGAUUGGCAGCGCCAUAUCAGCGAACCGCCAAAAUGAUGGACGCUGGAAAUCUCUCACUAUGUCUCGCAACAAGAAGCAAGCCACAGUGACCAUUGUGGACAUUGACUCCAAUGCAGAGGAGAAGAUAGUGGCCACAUCUCAGGGUGCAGCCACUGGUCUGAACCUCAAGGAAAACCAGAGCAUUUUCUUUGGAGGUCUACCGACCAUCGGAAACUACAGCAUGAAGUCCAGGUCAGAGGUCAUCCUGAAGCGAUACAUAGGCUGCCUUCGGGAGAUUGAAGUAUCCCGAACUCCAUAUAAUCUCCUUAGUAGCUCAGAUUAUACCGGGGUCACUAAAGGAUGUAAUGUAGAGAACUUGUACACGGUCAGUUUCUCAAAGCCGGGAUACGUGGAGCUUGGUGGGUUGUCGCUGGCGGUCGGCACUGAGAUCAGCCUGUCGUUCAGCACCUUGGUCGACACCGGCACCUUGCUGUUAGCGGUGGGCGGGGCUCCGCCAAUCAACCAGCAGGUCCGUAUCAAAAAAGGCAUCUCUAAGAGGAAGCGCAGACAAUCAGGAGAGCCCUACCUGUCGGUGAUGCUGAACAAAGGCUCCCUGGAGGUUCUGGUGUUUACAGGCAGCCACAGUGUGCGUCGUGUCAUUAGGCGGCCCGAGCAAGGCAUCCUGAGUGACGGCAGAGAACACUCGCUGCGCAUCGAGAGAUUACCCGGAAGAUCUUUCGCAGUUCAGGUGGAUGAGGAGGCGAAGAGGGAGGCGGCGCUUCCCAGCGACCAGCCAAUCAGCUUGCAUCGUCUGUUCUUGGGUGGCAUUCCAGCUGAGGUGGAGCAGACGUCCAACAGGGUCAAUGUCCCGUUCCAGGGAUGCAUAUGGAACCUGAUGGUCAACACUGUCCUCUCAGACUUCUCCCGGGCCCUGUCUUUCGACAAUGCUGAAAUCGGCCAAUGUCCCAACUUGGCCCCGUCCCUUCUUCAGCCUUAUCCGCCAGACGAGGCUGAGACGUCGGAGAAGGAAGGCGAGUCGUCCAAACAGGAACGCCCUGCAACGACUGCUGGGCCCGCUCCGUCACCUCCUGGACUUCCUGCCGAGGCCACGCCCCCUGCUGUACCUGCUGCCACACCCACUGCUGCUGCAGCCCCGCCUACUGCUGACACGGACUCGUGUCCGUCAGCUGUGGCCCCCGCGGCUCUGGAGAAGUCCUACCAGUUUGGACUGAGCAAGAACAGCCACAUGAGCUUUGCUUUUGAUGACGUCAAAGUUCGAGAAAGGUUGAUAUUGGAGUUUGAACUGAGAACCAAAGAAGAGUCAGGACUUGUUCUCUACAUGGCCAGGAUCAACCACGCCGACUUUGUGUCCAUUCAGAUUCAGAAGGGCCAGGUGUGUCUGGGUUAUGAUCUGGGUCACGGGAACACAUCUGGAUGCAUCCCCUUGUCCAUCAAUGAUGGCAUCUGGCAUAAGGUGAGAGUGAGUCGCAACAAGCAGAGAGCCGUUCUGGUCGUGGAUGGACGCUACACCAAACAGAUGAUCAGCCCCAAAAAGGCUGACUUGUUGGAUGUGGUGGGCGUGGUCUAUGUGGGCGGUCUCCCACACAACUACACCACUAAGAGGAUUGGCCCGGUUGUUUACAGCAUCAAUGGUUGUGUGCGUCACCUGAUGAUGGUGGGCGGUCCUGUCAGCACCAAAGGUGCUGCAACAGGUCGUUCUGAGGCUGUCAAUGAGGACUUCGAGCUCAACAUGGCCACGCCGACGUCGAGUCACAUGGUGGGACGAUGCUUUGCCGCCACAGAGGCAGGAACCUACUUUGAUGGAACAGGCUUCCUGAAAGCAGUGUCCACUUACAGAGUGGGUCUGGAUGUUUCCAUUGCUUUGGAGUUCAGGACCAGCAGAAUUAAUGGUGUGCUUUUGGGCGUCAGUAACCAUGGCAAUGAUGGUUUGGGUCUGGAGAUUGUGGAGGGAAAGCUGCUUUUCCACGUUGACAACGGGGCAGGACGCAUCUCGGCGCUGCAUGUCCCCGAGGGCGAGGGCUUCUGUGACGGCAGGUGGCACUCGGUGGUCGCUAACAAGCUCCGUCACAGAGUGGAGUUGCUGGUCGACGGCAAGCGGAGCCGAGCGGAAAGUUCCAGCGUGCGAUCGAACACCUGCGACACCAACGACCCCGUCUAUGUGGGAGGUUACCCAGACGGCGUCCACCAGGCGGCGCUUUCCAGCCGCACAUCCUUCAGAGGCUGCAUGAGGAACCUGAAGAUCACCAAAGCCUCAAAAACCUUGGAGGUGCACUUCAACAAGGCCCUGGAAGUCAAAGGAGUCCAACCGCUCUCUUGUCCCGCCGUUGCAGCUUAGCAACCGCCAUUAAGCUCCUCCACCUUUUUGUCCAUCGCUAUGCGCUCGUAAUGGCAGGUGAAUCAUAGUCAACAAGCAUUGGGUCUGAAUUCAUGUGCAGUAUUGUCAAUAAAUGGGAAAUAUUUACUAACCAAA